AUGGCGACUGCGAUCCAAACAGGGGAGCGAGUCUCAUCAGUCAUGCCUACCUCAGAGGAUGAUGCAGAGUAUGAAGAAGACGAUGAAAUAAUAAUCCCAAUGCAAGAAGCUGAUAUGCAUUGGGAUAAAAGCCAGCAUUGCGAUGAUGAACUUGAAUUAAGCAUUGAAAACGAUACGGAGGAUCAAGAUGGUGCAAGGAGCAGCAGAGCAAAAAUACUACCUGUUAAUCGUACAGCGAAACGGAAUUGCCAAGACGAAGAGAGUGAAAAGCUUAGAGCUGUAAAAAUAGAGCCAGGAUGUGAAGAGCAAAAUAGCGAAAGUACCAACGCAGUCUCAGAUGAAGAUGACGAGACCGUCCUGGAGGAUGAAUCAAACAAUUCAACGGAUGUCGACAUGGAAGAGCAAUGGGUACCUACAGCGGAAGAAGAUGAAGAGUUAGUCAAUCCAAAUCGCUGCAUUUUUUGUUACCAAGACGAGGACAACGAUCCCGGUGAAGAAUUUGAAUUGUACUUGGCUUGCGAAGUUUGCGGCGAUAAUGUAACUGAUAUAUGGUAUUGCCCUGAUUGCGUAUCUAAUAACCUUAUUCCUAAUAACUCUUCGCCAAAUCAUCACCCGUCCGCGAAAAGGUUGAUCUCAAGACACAAGAAUUCUAGUGAACAUAUACCAUCCCGAAGAGAGCCAACCCAAACUAAAUUGAAGUCUUCCAAUGGUCGGUCGAUCCCAAUACAUAACCGUAAUUUCUUUCAAGAAACGUAUCAGAAAACUUCCGAUAUUGGAAGCAUUAUUCAUAGUGGUAAAGAGUCGAAAAAAAGUAAUUACGGUAAACAAUUAAUUCCAACCUAUGUCAAAGCUCAUGAUUUAGAGGGAAAAAGCUCCGCUAGUAGCCGUAAUGAGAGCGAACCAACGAGAUCCAAUGAGGAAGUUUCUUUGAACGAUGAAGCAAAAGAAGUAGGAAAGCUUAAGAUGCAGAGAGCAACAAGAUCAAGCCGAGUAAAGCCAUCAUCAUCGCUAACCUAUGCAAAGAUAUUGGAAAAAUCAGCGACUUCUCUCAAAAUUGCUUUCAAGCUUGAUGCAGGACAAACUGAGCAGAGAAUCCAACAAAAUCCUCAACCCAAAAGAAAGACUAACCAUAGAAAUGAGUUUAGCAAAAUUCCAACACCUGCACCAGUACCUGAAACACAUUCACAGCCGUUCUACUCAUUUCACGAUAGAGACUUUGCUGAAUCGAAAACGAAACCUUACGGAGGAAUCCUUACCGAAGAACAAGCUGACACUCUGUUUACUUUUCCAAAGCCUGAGCAUCGGCGACUAUUCGACGAAGCCCGACAGAGAGCCGAAAAAGAUUGGAAAGUUAGAGUAACAGCUGCAGCAGAGUCUGCAGCCUUGUCUGGGGUUAAGAGAACUCGCAAAAUUUCUGGACCAGCUAGUCAGAUUGAGUAUAUUGAAUUUGGAGAUUUUCAAAUUGAUAUCUGGUAUGCUGCUCCAUAUCCUGAGGAAUAUAGUAGAAAUAAGGCUCUUUUCAUAUGUGAAUUUUGUUUAAAGUACAUGGAAUCAGACAUAGUGGCUUGGCGCCAUACAACGAAAUGUCCAUGGAAAAAUCCGCCAGGCGACGAAAUCUACCGUGAUGGGCAGGUAGCAGUAUUUGAAGUUGAUGGUCGGAAAAACCCGCUAUACUGUCAGAAUUUAUGCCUCCUCGCUAAGCUUUUCCUUGGCUCUAAAACGCUAUAUUACGACGUAGAACCUUUUCUUUUUUAUGUUAUGACCGAAUAUGACGAGUAUGGAUGCCAUUUUGUCGGUUAUUUUUCUAAAGAAAAGCGUCCUAGUAGUUUCAAUAAUGUGUCUUGCAUUCUGGUUCUCCCAAUUCAUCAACGAAAAGGUUAUGGACAUCUACUUAUUGACUUUUCGUACUUAUUAACGAGAGUUGAGAAGAAAACGGGAUCUCCGGAAAAACCUCUUUCUGACAUGGGUUUAGUUUCUUAUCGAAGCUACUGGCGACUUGUGCUUUGUACCUACCUUCAAGAUUUCAAGCCUGGCGAUAAAAUACCUAGUAUAAGAAAAAUAUCAAAUGAUCUAGGUCUAACCCCAGAUGAUGUUAUCUCUGCUCUAGAUGCUUUGGGCGCUUUAAUUCGAGAUCCAAUAACUGGGACCUACGCUAUGAAGAUUAGGCCUGAAUACUAUCGUGAGGUUGUCCAAAAGUAUGAUUCAAAGAAGUACGUUAAACUCAAUCCCAAAGCGCUAUUUUGGACGCCUUAUAUUAUGGGUCGAGGAAAUCUUGCUACUUUCGAGCGAAGCUUACCGAUAAACAAAAUGAGCUCGCAAGUCGAUGGUAAAACAGAAAUUCUCGAGUCGCCUUACGAUAAAAAAGGAGAUAUUCCUUUUUACGGAGGUGCACGUGGAAACUCAGAUGAGAACAAUGAGUCCGCCGACAGAUUAUGUUCGGAAGAUUCCAUACAUCUACGAUUGCCCGAGACACCACAAUUUAGACCAUGUGGCAGCAUGGCUUCCAAUCUUUCAUAUUUUGAUGCUGCUGCAACUAUACCAGCAACUCGAUUUGAAGUCUUCCCUCCACUACCUGGAUCACGAACCCGUACAGUUCCCCGUACAUCUAGGCCAGCAAUUUCUCGGCAAAGAUCCUCAUUGUCCGUCUCCACAAAACCAACCUAUCGACGUUUAAAAGAAUUGUCUCCUUUUUCACCAAGCGAAACUGCAAAAAAAAUUCAAAAAGUGUCCAGGGAACCAGCAAGACAAUUUCGUCAGACCUCUAAGAAAAUAGAUAUUCACUCCAACCUAGAAUCGUGGUGUGGACAGCCGCCUAAAUCUGGACAGAAAUCUUUGAAUCAUAACCCUCUGAAUAAUGACAGGAAAGUCGGCACAACAGAAAACGAAGAAAAAGGAAUACGAGAUAGUGAUGUUGUGGUUCAGGAGGCCACACAUAGCCCAGACGAAGAUGCUAUCAUAUUCGACAUACCGACUGUGCGUAAACGGCGUCAUCUCGACUUGGCGCGAGGCUCUAGUCUUGGAAAACCCAAUCUAGAAAGUGAAAGUAUUGGCACCUCAAGGUCAAAGGAUUAUACAGAAGACCAUAAGAUGGAGGAUGCGCCACAAGUGGUAGGUGACUUAGAUAUGGUUAAGCCUCCUGGUCAUAUUUACACGGGAUGA